AUGGCGCCUGGUAUAUCAUCCGGACUGACGUUUGCCAUCAAGGAAGAGUUAGAAGAUAAAUCCUGCGUUCACACUGACAACACUGGAUUUAUGUUGGCAGUAAGCAAUCCAAGAGACGAGCCACAAAUUCAACGAUUUGGUACGGCAUUACCAUAUGGGAGGGAAAUUUAUGUCUCCCUUUACCCUGAAGUCAUCUUAGCCGAGAAGGAUGCCAAAGAUGUUUCCAUGGAACGGCGUGGCUGUUACUUCACCGAUGACAAGGGUGACGCCUAUUUGGAUUUCUACAAAAAGUAUUCCCGACAGAAUUGCUUGGAGGAAUGUUUCGCCAAACCAAUUUAUGUAGCAUGCAACUGUGCUAAGGUCUCCUCACCUGGAUUCCCGGGGCGAAAGUUGUGUUCUCUCCACAGUGUAGAUGGUUGCGUCAGAUUCAAAGAAGAACAAAUGCACAACGAGGGACUAAAGGAUGCAUGCAAAAAAUGUCGCCCAAAUUGCCGAGACACCAAAUACCGGACGUCGGUUACCUGGAGUCGAAUGACAGAAGAGCGCAUGAAUUACUACAAGGAAAUGUUCCAUAGCACAGAUUACAGCGGCGACAAGAAUAUUACCAUUUCCGUGGUAAAUGUCUACUUUGCGGUUGAUUCAGUCCACCCUACACGAAGGAGUGCUAGAUACAGCACUUUCGAGGAAGUUGGCCUAAUUGGUGGGACUGUCUCCAUGAUUACUGGCUUAACCUUGUUGGAUGUAAUUGAGUCUCGUGUACUAAUCGCGGUAAUAGUCGUGGCAAAGUACAAGGUGUGGAAUAAUCUUGGAAGAAUGGGAGGUCCCGCCUUUAAUUGGAAACUAUCGAUUCCCAAGUUCCUGAGACGGAAUAAUAGGGUGGUUCCCGAGGAAAUUGAGAUGGCUGCAAUCCAGCAAAGGCCACAAAGACAAGCAUUACCACGCCGUCGUCCAUCCCAUCCGAUGGAGAAUCUGCCUGGAUAUCUUCCGUAA